AGAGGAAAAAAAUUGAAGCUUUUGUUUCAUUUACUUGAUUGUUACUUUCAAUAUGAAAUUAUGAUGUGUUACAUGAUUAAAUAAUUUCUCGCUAAUCAUCUAACUAUAUUACUCUUCUUCUUAAAUUUAUGACAUUAUCUCCAAUUACUCUUUACUCUCUCUCUCUCUCUCUCUCUCAGUCUCUCCUUCCUCUUUCACUCAUGAGAAGAUGAUGGUGGUGAUUCAAUGAGAUUGUUCAAUCUCUUUCUGAUUUAUUCCUAAAGUGCCAAGUUAAAUUCUAGACUUUGAUGUCUCUUGAUUUCUGUGUUUAUUUUAAGUGCCGUUCAUUGUUACACUUAGUUGUUCACUCACAAUUAUUUCUGUUUAAACACAAUUUCUAUUUACCUUGUUGUCCUUUUAUCUACCUGUUUACUUUCAAUUCUUUCCAAUCAAAUCAGAUCAAAUCAAAAACCUUUUUUCCCUUUGAUGAGCUUACCUUGUUUUCUUCAAACAUUGAUUGUUACACAAGAAAAGUAAAACGAUAUGGAUGUAAAAUUACAAAAGUUAAAAACUUAUGGAACUCAGAGAGAGGAUAAAUCUGAUCUACGAAAAUCAACCAAUAGUGUUUCUAGCACCAAAGGGUUUGCUUUUGGCUCUGAUGAUGUCAAAUCAAUUAGUCGAGGUAUGUCAGUGUUGACAACAGUUUUGUUUGUUGCUGGUGAAAACGCUGGCGCCGGUCUAUUAGCACUACCCCAUACACUUAACAAGACAGGGUGGAUUGGUGUUCCAUUGAUGAUAUUAAUGUGCUUCGAUGCAGCGAUUGCUGGUUCUUUGAUUGGAAAAUGUUGGCUCAUUUUAGAGGAACGUUGGCCUGAAUAUCAGUCCAAUUGUCGGAAUCCAUAUCCAGCGAUUGCAAAUAUGGCUUAUGGAUCGAAGAUGAAAUCAAUCGUCACUGUGUUCAUACAGUGUAGCUCAGUUGGCUCAUGUUGUGUCCUUCUUAUGGUUUGUGCACAACUAACGCAAAGUUUAAUCGAUCCAAAUCAUAAUCUUUCUUAUGGACUUUGGAUACUUAUAAUUGGUGCAGCAAUUUGCCCGCUCAUGUGGUUAGGAACCCCAGCUGAAUUUUGGCCUGCCGCUGCCAUUGCACUAUCUACAUCAACGGUAGCUGUUGUAUUGUUACUUAUUGAGAUUUUUAAAGAUUUUGUUAAAAUGGAUUCAUUACCUGAGCCAUCACCUGUUGAUAUAUCAACAAUUUCACUUGCUUUUGGCUCAUUUGUGUUUGCAUUUGGAGGGACAGGUCCAUUUCCGACUUUUCAAAAUGACAUGAAAGAGAAAAACAAAUUCACCAAAGCCGUAACAAUCGGAUUUAUUAUUUUAAUCAUUUUAUUUUCACCAUUGGCAAUCAUGGGCUAUCUUACUUACGGCUCAAAUGUCAGUACAAAUAUAAUCAAUUCCAUCCCCAGUGGACUGAAUCACACAAUCGUCUCUAUUUUGAUGACUGGCCAUUUAUUUUUCGCAUCUUUAUUGAUGAUCAAUCCAGCGCUUCAGCAAAUUGAAAAUAAACUUGACAUCCCACAUUCUUUCAAUUGGAAACGAGUUGCUAUCCGAGUAUCGAUGCUGUGUAUUAUAUUAUUCGUUGGUUUAUCGAUCCCCCAUUUUGGAAAAGUACUUGAUCUUGUCGGCGGAUCAACGGCCACCUGUUUGGCCUACGUUUUCCCGCCUUUGUUUUAUAUAAAAUUAUGUUCGAUGAAAAAUUCAUCAUGGCCCGUCAGACGGAUACCAUUAAUCAAUAGAUUGUAUUAUUAUAAAAUUAUAUUAUUGGGAAUCAUUGGUGGCAUUUGCGCUACCAUUUCAUCAGUAAUCGCAAUUUUAAGUCCAAACACUUUCGUGUUACCUUGUUACAUUGAUUUUAAUUGCUCAUACGAGUGAAUUGAUUUUAAUCUAAAUACCUGAUUAGACGGUAAAAUCAACAAAAAAGUGUGCAAUCAAUUAACUUUAUGCUUUUUUUUUCAUCAAUUGUGAUUUUUUAAUUUCAACAUUUCAUCAACCAUCUUUUAUGUGCAAAUCUUAAACUGAAUUGAAAAGAAAUUAAAUUACUUCAUUCAGUUGUAAAUGUAAUAACAACACUAAUCACAGACUAGAAACAAUUCUAAUUGUUGAAUUAUCUGAAUGAUUUAAGCUAAA